AUGACAAAAUCGAAAUUCGAAAUUCCGAGUUUGACGUUCACACUUCACACAUUUGACAAACUGACAUUUGCAUAAAGUUUAUUUAUUUAAAUUUUUAUUAAUUAACAUCAAACCGUAUUUACAAACAACGAUAGAAAUCAAAUAGAUCUGUCAUGCCUUUGUCGUACGACACUAUAGUAGUGGGGCUGGGUGCAGCGGGGGCCACCGCUGCGGCGACGUUGGCGCGCGCUGGGCGACGCGUGCUGGCGUUGGAGGCGCAAGACAGGGUCGGUGGACGAGUUAAGACUGUGCCCUUCGGUGACGGAGUUGUGGAGGUCGGUGCUGAAUGGAUCCAUGGCACUGACAACAGUAGAGUCUACGAUAUAGCUGUGAAGAACAACAUAUCUCUGGUACCCCAGGAACUGACCAUGAAUGUGUUCAAAUCCAAUGGCGAAGUCGGUGAAAGUGAUCUAGUCAACGAACUGCUUAUGUUCUGUCUGGGGGUCGUAGAGCACCCCCCCAAAGACCCUGAACCUUUGGGAAGUUUCAUCACUAGAAGAGUAAAGGAGUAUUUAAAAGAAAAGCAUCCAGAGGUGUUGAACGACAAAGAUUUUGUGGACGAAUUCCUCGAGUUCAUGAACUUGGUCAUCAAUAACUAUGAGGCCACCAAUGACUGGAACGAUUGCAGCGCACAAACUAACUACACCGAGUUACCCGGACACCAGCAUGUUAGCUGGCAUAGAUAUGGAUACAAGACGUUCUUUGAUAUACUGUUGAACACGUAUAACAACGGUCCGGGCUGGCCGACAUUGGACAUCAAACUGAACGUGGUAGUAGUACAGAUAAUAUGGCCGAAAGACUGCACCGGACAAGUGAAGGUAGUCAGCAAAAAUGGCGACACGUUCACAGCGGACAACGUAAUAGUGACAGUGUCGCUUGGAGUGUUGAAGGAGAAACACGCAGAUAUAUUCUACCCCCCAUUACCGCAAGACAAAGUGGAAUCCAUUGAAAGGAUACCCAUGGGUUUGAUGGGUAAAAUUAUUGUCAGUUUCGAAAACCCCUGGUUACCCAGCGGUGUGUUUUACGGGUUUCUGUGGAGGGGGGUCGAUAAGGCGGGGGUCAGUGACGAAGAUUAUUGGACGACCAGGAUUUUUGGAUGCAGCACUCCUAUGGGUUCUAAAACUGCAUUAACAUUUUGGACUAGCGGGGAUGUUGGGAAAAUGGUAGAAACUUUACCAGAAGAUGUAGUCAAAAGGAAAGUUAUGGAAUUGUUGCGAAAAUUCAUGGGAAAGGCGAACAUACCGGAGCCGAUUGGGAUAAUUAAGUCGAGUUGGUACUCCAACCCUUAUACUAGGGGCAGUUACACGUACGACAACCUGCUGGUCACCCAGUACCCGAACGCGCGCGCGACCCUUGCGGAACCCUUGCGAGACGUCGCGGGAACCCUCAGGGUACUAUUCGCGGGUGAAGCCACAGACUCUACAUACUUCUCCACAGUGCACGGAGCGAGCGACUCCGGUUACAGGGAGGCUAUGAGACUACUGCCCAGUAGUAAGAUAUAGGAAGAAUGUAAAAUUGGUGUGUUCAUAUUAUUUUUACCAUAAUAUCAUAUAGUUUUUAUUUUUACCCGACUGCAAGAAGGGUUAUGUUUUUCGCGCGUAUCUUGUAUGUAUGUUUGUAUGUAUGUAAUAUUCUUUAUUACCUCAUAUCUUCUAAACCACUAAACGGAUUUACGUAAUUAGGAUAUCGUUAGAUUUGUCUCAAUAACCGAAGUGUUCUUAGAUAGGUGAAACUAAAAAAAAAAUAACAAGAUGACUGUGAGACGCUAUAGACUCGAGGUGAAUUUUUUUUUUUUUUUUCUAAUAUUGCAAUAUGGUUAUCAAAUUCAAGAGCUUUUUGUGAGGAUUCUAAAAUGGUAUAUCACGGCCAUGUUUAAAAAAGCUACAAUUAAAAAAACAUUAUUUAUUAGUUGUCUAUAAGUACAAAAUACGCGAAGCGGAUGACUAUGAAUAAAUUAAUUAAACAAAUAAGAAAACCCGACUGCAUAAAGUAUAAAAAAACUAAAAAGAAAAAAACAAGCUCAGUCUAGAAGUGUAGAAAGCAAUUAGAAAACAGUCGGGACCUUAGAUAUUAGAUAGAAUUAUUUUCUUCUACAUUAUUUAAUAGGUCCCGACAUUUUCUUUUUGGAACGCAGUUCUAGGCUAGACGGAAAAAAUUAAGACCAAAAAUUGUAACGACACUUUACCUGCGUAAGAAGGUAAUAAGGUACCGUAUACAAGUGAGAGCUGCCUCAUCCAGUUACUAAUAAUUAACAUAAUCAUUAUGUAUAUAUGUAAAGUUUGUAUAAUGUUUGUACACUUUUUAAUAAAGCAAUAUCAUUUAUUA